UAUUAGUCAACGUCUAGAUUUUGAUGAAAUCAAAUCCUUUAUCAAAGAGGUGUAAAAUAUCACGUGAUUAGCCAGACAUCACAUGACUGUGUAGUUCAAAAUGGCGGCGGUAGAUUCGUGUUUUCAUCUUGUCGGAUUUCUUUACGUUUUAAUAUUAACAUUUUCUAUGCAGCAGGGUGUAGCUGCAGCAAGAAGUUUUACCAUAGACUAUGACAAGAACACAUUCCUCAAGGAUGGACAGCCAUUUCAAUAUGUAUCAGGCAGUAUUCACUAUAGCCGUGUACCUUACUACUACUGGCAGGACAGACUACAGAAGAUGUAUGCAGGGGGACUUAAUGCCAUUCAGACCUAUGUCACCUGGAACACACAUAACCAAGAACCUGGUGUGUUUGACUUCACUGGUCAGAAUGACAUAGAGCACUUCCUCAAACUGGCCAAUGAUGUGGGUCUGGCAGUAAUACUCAGGCUUGGACCUUAUGUGUGCGGGGAAUGGGAAUACGGUGGUUUUCCAGCAUGGAUCAUCAGGAAGAAUGCCUCCAUUAUAACAAGAAGUAGUGACCCUGGUUUUAUAGCCCCUGUUGACCAGUGGCUGAGUGUUUUAUUGCCCAGAAUUAAACCACUGCUGUAUGUUAAUGGUGGACCAAUCAUCAUGGUUCAGGUUGAGAAUGAAUAUGGCAGCUAUUUUGCCUGUGAUUACGACUACCUGAGAUAUUUGCGUGAAAAAGUGCUCAAGUAUCUUGGGAAUGAUGUGGUGCUAUUCACAACGGAUGGAGAUGGUGAGGGUUAUCUCAAGUGUGGGACUUUGGAGAGUCUCUAUUCCACUGUGGACUUUGGACCAGGGUUUAAUGUUUCCAAUGUGUUUGCGCCCAUGCGAAAGUGGGAACCGAAAGGACCUUUGGUGAAUUCCGAGUACUACACAGGCUGGCUGGACCACUGGGGUUCCCCACACUCACACACCCCUUCUGCCACAGUGACCCAGUAUCUGGAUGACUUGCUGGGGUAUGGGGCCAACGUGAACAUGUACAUGUAUGAAGGUGGCACAAACUUUGGUUUUAUGAAUGGUGUAAAUUACCCAAGCUUUUCCCCAGUACCUACAAGUUACGACUAUGAUUCCCCUCUGACUGAGGCAGGUGACAUUACAGAGAAAUACAUGGACAUCAGGGCUGUUAUUGCUAAGCAUAUGAAGGUACCCCAAGUCCCCAUCCCCCCUAACACACCUAAGUAUGCCUAUGGAAGAGUGAACAUGAUGCUGAUGUCCACUGUUCCUAAUCUAUUGGACAAGCUGACCCACCAUGGCCCUUUUGUCACUAGGUACCCUCUUACCAUGGAACAAGUCUACCAGAACUAUGGUUUCAUAUACUAUCGUCAUGUGGUGAAGUUAGACUGGCACAAUGCAGUGCUGGAUGUCUCUGCAGUACGAGACAGGGGAUAUGUUUUGAUUAACAGUGUACCUCAAGGUGUGGUCAUCAGGGAGUCCAGCCAGACUAAACUGACCAUCACAGCCCUGACUGGUCAGUAUUUGGACAUCCUGGUGGAGAACCAGGGGAGGAUUAACUAUGGGUCAGGCAUCAACAAUAACACUAAGGGUCUGAUUGCUAAUGUUACUAUAAAUGGACUCAUCCUGAAAGAUUGGUUUAUAUAUCCACUGAAUGUGUCAGAAAAGGUGCUUAAUAACCUGGACUCAGCAGUCCAGUCCAAACAAAGUUCUCCUCCCAAGUAUUCUGGUGUCAGCCAGUACAUUACUCCUUCCUUAUUUGUGGGCCAGAUCCAGAUGCCCAACAAAACUGGGUUCCCACAGGAUACAUACCUCAGGACUGAUGGCUGGUUUAAAGGCCAGGCCUAUGUCAAUGGAUUUAACCUGGGGCGGUACUGGCCCAGUGCAGGCCCCCAGCUGACUCUCUAUGUCCCCAAGGGGGCCCUCAGGCCCUACCCCGCCACUAACACACUGGUGCUCCUAGAGCUGGAAUAUGCUCCAUGUAGCCAGACACGAAAUAAGAUAGAGGUGGACUACUGCUUUGUGGAGUUUGUGACCACACCUGUUAUCAAUGCCACUACUGUUAGUCUGGAGAGGAGGGAGGAAUGGAAUAGGGCUGGGGGAUUUAAUUGGCAUGAUCAGCAUUAAAAGGGGGGGUGGUGGGCAAUUGUGAUUUUAUAUAUUCGGGUACAGGUGCUACCAGUUGAAUUGACUUAUCUUUUUAAAAAAAUUAUUAGUGGUGUUUUUUUAUAGAUUCAGAGUUAGGGACAACGAUGGUGAAAUGUCUGGCAAUAUAUCUAACUUUUUUUGAUGUGAUUUUUUUAUAAAUUUUAUGAAUUGCUGUUCACAUCUCUAUUUCUUAUACUUCCACAUAGUUAUGUAUUUAUGUGCAAUUUGAUUGUUAUCUCAUGCAGCUGAAUGACAUUCUAUGUGAUUGGUUUGAAAAUUUUGGAAAUUGAUUAAACAGCUUCAUAUCAAAUGUGAGAUUAUCUGCACCAUCGAUAACACACAUAUGCGCACACACACACACACACACACAUUGAUAUCUAGAUAAAUUUACAUUAUCCAUGCAUCACAUUUAUAUAUCUUUUAACAUAUAUUUUUUUCUGUUAGGAAAUUUCAUACAGAUCAUUAUAUAAUAGCAUUCUUAAAUAUUUUCAUAGUUGUCUUUUCAAAUUACAUAUCAUCUUUAUGCCUGUCUUAAGCUGCUCUGACUAUAUGAAAUCCAGAAUCAUUUGAAUUCAAUCCCAAAAGUAUGAAGGCAGUAGUAGUAGUUGUAAUUGAUAGAAUUUCCCAGAUGAAAUUAUUGUUAAAAUGUGCAUUCACUUCAUCAAACAUUCCAAUUGAUUAUUAAAUGUUUCUCUAGCGAAGUUGCAUAUUAGGUUUCAGAUAUUGUGACUGAUUAGGACUAUAGUGUAUGAUUGCAAUAUUUGUUUUGAAUGAGAUUUAGGUUUAAAUAUAUAAAUGUAAUAAUAUAUAUAUAUAUUGUGAGAUCAAGUGAGUGAUGAAUGAUAGCAAGAAAAGUUAAUGGCCAGUUAAACACAAGGAAACUUGUUAGUAUACAUAUUUUAAAGAGACUGGUAUAAGAUAGUUAAGAUAGUGAUAGGAGUUUCUCAACUGAGAAUCUGAAAACACAAUCAAAAUUUGUUUCUCCAGAGUGCUAGUCCAUCAAACAGUAUGUCAACAAAACAUUUUAUACAGAAAAGUGUUCAUUUUAUGCAGAAAAGUUCUUUGUUGCUCUGGGUCAAACCCACAUGUAAUGUGAUAUGCCUACGAAGUCUUCUUUAUAUUUUUGAAUACCUCAUUGUUAUGUCCGUAUGAGUUUGUCUCAUCUGUGUUCUUUGAGAAAACGUGCUGGCACUGUAUUGUUUUGUGAUAUUGUAUUUGUUACUUCAUAUUACAACAAGGUCCUUUGGAAUCCUCUUGGGGUUCUCAUUAGUUGAGGGAUGUUCUAGUUGUGGACAAUGUUUGUGUACAUUACUGGAUUUACAAAGGUACUGCUUGUUUGCUUGCUUAUUUCAUUUUGACAAGUCCAAGAGUGCCUCACUCACUUCAAGGAGCCUUCCUGGUUAUGUGGAAGGUUACACUUCAAGUCAGUUAAAUUAUGCUAUUUUAAUUUUUUACAGCAAUAAACAUUGAUUAAUUAGCGACAGAGUAAAAUUCUUCUAGAAAUGAGUAUGUUUACGUCUUUGUGAAUAAAAAGUUGUUUA